UACAUGUAUCAUAACCCGAGGACAUGAUUUGAUUGUUCAAACGUACAUUCAUUACCAACAUUUCGUAUAGUCUUUUACCGUCUCGCUUAGUAUUAGAAUAGAGCAAUGAUACGAUAGUAAAAUACUAAAAGGAUAUACAGCAUACUUCUCUUCAUACGAUGUUAAAUUUAUUUAAGGGAUCUAGAUCAAUCAGACAAUCAUCAUCACCACCUCAUAAGCAAGAUAGUUCAAAACUUAAGACACACAGACUUUGGCCAAAGUUGGUGUUUCUAACUUGGUAGUUGGUACCCCGGAGCUUGCGAGUCGAGUUUACCAUCAUACCCCGGACCUUCUGGAGCCGCCGAUCCGCAGCAUGUCAAACUUGAGUAGAUUCUCCACUCCGUCCAGCUCGAUGGAGGCCUUGAUUAUGGCGCAUGCGAGGUCCUGGUCGUCCUUGGCGUCCAAGAAGCAGCCCCUCUCCUUGCGUCGUCCACGAUCUGCCGCCAUAUCGUUUUGCCGCUCGCCAGCGUCUUCACGUUGCCCAGGAUCCACAGGCAAUGUCUGCAAAACAUACCAAACAAAAACAUCAUCGUCGAGAGCACUAUUGCAGACACACAAACACAAACCAAAAGCUCACUUGGCCCGCGUCAGCGCGACAUUGGUGCGGUUGGUGUCGGCGAGGAAGCCAAUCUUGCCGGCGGUGUUACUCCGCACGGUGGAGAAGAUGAUCACGUCCUCCUCCGCGCCCUGGAACCCGUCCACGGUCCGCACCUUCACCGAGAACGACCCAUCGUGCAUCGAGUACACCUGCUUGCCAAGCUUCUCCUCGAUGGCCGGACCUGGCCCUUGUAGGGCGACACCACUCCCAGGCGGAUCGCCUUCCUCGUGUCAAUCGACUCUGCGCACAAGUUCAGCAGAUCAGCUCGACGUAUGUACUGUGUGCUCCCGGUCCAGGGAGAUCUUGGAACCGCGUCAGAUAUGUUAGCUACUGGAUGCUAUUGGGAUUCGAGGGAGAGAAGAUCAGAGAAGAGAGUAGCG